AUGGUGUUGAAGCAAACUUCAAUUCACGCAAACUUCUUUCCACACGGAGAGAGAUAUUCAACUACUGAUGUCAAUGCAAACGAACAAAGUGCAAAUACGCCUGCUGUGGGUACAACACCAUCUCAUUCAAGAAAAACCUCUUUGAAAAACAAAGAAAAGUUUGAAACCAAACCAGGUCAAGAGCAACCACAAAAGAAAUCUUUCCUUCAAAAGAUCGGAUUGCAAAAAGCUGCUGCUGACCCAAUCGAUCUUCAACUUUCAGCCCAUGACAAAGAUAACAUCAUCUUGGUCGAUUGGGACGGAGAAGAUGAUCCUACAAACCCAAUGAACUGGUCCUUACGAAAGAAAAAUUUGACAACAGGUAUGCUGUGUAUGAUGUGUCUUUUCAUCGGUUUAGCAACCGCAGGUUAUUCAUCCGGUAUCACGCAAAUGUGUCAAGAAUUGGGCUGUUCCAAUGAAAUUGGUCAAGUUGGUUUGUUUUUGUUCAACGCUGCAUUCUCAAUCGUUCCACUUUUCUUGGGUCCUCUUUCCGAAUUUGUUGGUGCACAACCAGUUUAUUUGAUCUGUUAUGCAGGCUUUGUGAUCUUCUUCAUUCCUUUGGCCCUUGCCAAGAAUAUCGGUACCGUUUUGGUUUCACGUUUCUUAUUGGGUUGCUUCGGUGCUGCUGGAACGACAAUCAUUCCCGGUACUUUAGCUUCAAUUUGGAAAACAGAAGAACGUGGUAACAAAGUUGCACUUUUCAGUCUUGUGGCCGUUUUGGGUACCGUUGGUGCACCUUUGUAUAACGGAUUUAUCGCUCAACAAAAAGGUUGGCGUUGGAUCGAAUGGGUUCAAUUGAUCGUCAAUGGUGCUGUUUUGGUGAUCGAAUUAAUCUUCUUACGUGAAACAAGAGGAAGUGUACUCUUAACCCGUAAAGCAAGAAAAUUACGCAAGCAAACUGGUGAUAUGCGUUUCCGUGCUGCUGCUGAAUUGGAAACACCUUCAAUCAAAGCAUUAUUGCAUGCUUCAACCACUCGUGCAGCUGUUCUCUUGGUUCGUGAACCAGUCGUGCUCUUCUUCAGUCUUUGGUUGGCAUACGAAUGGGCUUUGAUCUUUGCCUUGUUUGCAGGUAUUCCUCUCGUCUUCCAAGGUUUGCACGGUUGGGGUGAAGGUGUUGGUGGAUUAGCAUAUAUUGCUCCAAUUCUCGGCACAUUCGCAGCCUGGAUUGUCAACUUUCAUGCCACCACCCUUUACAAUCGUGCUCGUGAACGUAAUGGCGGUGUUCCCGUUCCUGAAGCAAGAUUGUAUUAUGCCACUGUUGGUGCUUUAACGAGUACUGCUGGUAUGUUCAUCUUUGCAUUCACAAGCUACCGUCACGUUCAUUGGAUAGGUCCAGAAGUUGGUUUGUUCCUCCUCAUUGCGGGUGUCUUUUUCGUCUUUGAUGCUGUUCAAAAUUACCUCAGUGAUUUCUAUGGAUCGGAAUAUGCAUCUUCUGCUAUUUCUGCUCAAGGUUUCGUUCGUAAUAUGAUGGCAGCAUCUUUCCCUUUGUUCACAACGCAAAUGUUCAACAAUCUUACAAUUCCUUAUGCAGGUUUAUUGUUGGCAUGUUUGUUGGCUUUGGCUUGUCCACUUCCUUUCAUCUUUAUUCGUUAUGGUGAACGUAUUCGUGCAAGUAGUAGAUAUGCAGUUUCAGAUGAAGCUGCAGUGAAAGCAACCGAAGAAAAGAUUGAAGCAGGUCAAUCAAAAGAUCUUGCCAACAAGCAAAAGGGUGAUAUCGAAAGAGGUCAAGGACCUGUUAUCGGAGCACGCCGUAGUCGUAAAGCUGCAUCGAGAACAAACAGCGUGAAUGCUGUGCCUUCAGUUCAUCAAGAGAAGGAAGUCGUAGAAAGUGAAGUGGUUAAACAAUAAAAACCUUAA